AAGAACCACAUAGCCGCCACCAUGGGACUGUGACCCGGGCUGCGAGCUCUGAGAGGCGGCUGUUUGUAUAGUCCGUGCUCCGAGUGCAGACUGGACCUGAGCAGUUGUGACAUUGUGAGCCAUGGCUGCUGCUAUUGCAAGUGGGCUGAUCAGACAGAAAAGACAAGCACGGGAGCAGCAUUUGGACCGACCGUCAACCAACCGACGGAGAAAGAGCCCCAACAAGAACAAGGGGCUCUGCAAUGGGAACCUGGUCGACAUCUUCUCUAAAGUGCGCAUCUUCGGCCUCAGGAAACGGAGACUACGGAGACAAGAUCCCCAGCUCAAGGGUAUAGUGACCAGGUUAUAUUGCAGGCAGGGAUACUACUUGCAAAUGAACCCCGAUGGCUCUCUUGAUGGGACCAAGGAUGACAGCAGUAAUUCCUCUUUGUUCAACCUUAUUCCUGUGGGCCUCAGAGUUGUCGCCAUUCAAUCCGUGAAGACAGGGUUAUAUAUUGCAAUGAACGGGGAGGGCCAUCUGUACACAUCAGAACUCUUUACAGCAGAAUGCAAGUUCAAAGAGUCGGUGUUCGAGAACUACUAUGUGAUCUAUUCAUCCAUGCUGUACAGACAACAGGAGUCGGGAAGAGCUUGGUUCCUAGGGCUCAAUAAAGAAGGCCAAGCCAUGAAGGGGAACCGAGUGAAAAAAACAAAACCAGCUGCUCACUUCCUGCCCAAGCCAUUAGAAGUUGCCAUGUACAGAGAGCCAUCGUUGCAUGAUGUUGGAGAGACAGUGCCCAAGGCAGCAGUACCUCCCAGUAAAAGCACAAGUGAGCCGGCAGUGAUGAACGGAGGAAAACCCGUCAGCAAGCCCGACAAACCCACCACAUAGCCACACCAGUGCCCAGCGUGUAUGCAUGUGUUGGAGGGGAGGAAUGCGACGGAGACAGGGCUUUAUCCAGCUAGACUCCAGACCCCUCUGUGGAUCAGAUCCAGGCGAACCUCCUUUCCUUUCUUCUCUUGCUCCUCCCUUUUCUCCACCUCAUUCUCCCAAAUUCUCCAGCUGUCUCAGCACAGGCAGAUGGAUUCUGAGGUGGCUGGGUUUGCCCAGCACAGGAGGGACAUGUGUUUCACAAUGACGCUUCUGGUACUUUGCUUGUCCUAGAAACCUGCCCCUCUCUAUAAUGCCCUGUUGCAGCAGAGUCUGUGUACCUUCAGAUCUAUUUUCUAUACCACAGUUCACCAGCUAUGUUCUGGGAUAGAGACUGUAUAGAUAGAGUAACUAUUUGGACUGUUGUCCUCUAUUUUUUACAUGUCCCCUCUCCCUUUAUUUCUAUCUUUAGUCACACUUUUCUCUUUGUCAAGUAACCUAGAAAACAUUUUGCAAGGGAGUUGUGUGAUUUUCUAAGAAACACAUGAACACAGAUGUGGCAUAAAAAUCGAACACAUAUAGGAAAGAGUCCAAAUUUUCUUCUUGCCUACAAUAUGCACACACGUAUAGACAGACACACAAAGUUUGUGUAGAAAAUUGGAGACUUUGCUCUUUUUUUGUUGUUGUUGGUUUUUUUUGUUGUUUUUUUAUCAGCCAGUAAAACACACCGGAGGCUGGCAGAUAGCUCCUGCAAUCAUAGCUGAUGAAGUGCUAAUUACCGCCACUGCAAUCAAUGCGAGGAGCUCCCUACACACACACAGACACACAUACACAUUUAUAAACAGAUGUGUGUGUGGGUGGGAGAGCGCUGUAAGGAAUGGUGUAUACAUAUCACUAUCUAGGUCCCACCAGCGGUUCUGUCCGCCUUCUCUGGUAAAUAGAAAAUCUGAAGUCUAUUUUUCUUUAAUCUUAUUUCAGAGCGUGGGCUCUAGGAAUAUCUCUAGGCCUUGUAGGCCUCUGUCCCUCACUCACUGACUUCUUUGGACUAUAAGGCAAGGCUUGUGGCUUUGACCCAGAUGGUCUACUACUGCAGCACUGGCAGCCACCUUACAGCAGUGUCUACAUAAAGCCAGAAAACAAUGUGGCUGAAAACCAGUAGGUGACAUUUACACUGGCUGCAUCCCUAUUUGGUUCAGCAAACUAAAGCAUGGACAAGGUUAAUAUUGUGUUCUCUCUUCUUGCAGCAGUUAUACAAGAGAUGGCUUAUAUUAAAACAUUUUCACUGUAUAAAACUUAGGGAAAAUGACUAUUAAAAAUCAUAACUUUUUAAAUGACUAGAUAUUAUUAUUAUAAUGAGAGAAUUUGUCUUCUAGCUCAGCAUGCAGAGUCCAGUUCUGAUCAUCUUGGCCUAUCAUGUGCCUGUUUGGACCUUGAUUCCCGGCAUGCAAAAACAAGUUCCCAGUCCCCACUGGGCCAAAGGUGCCUCACCCACCCUAUACAUCCAUGUAGAUGACGCGUAGCAUUAUUCACUGAAAAACCAUGCUCAGAUGUACCCAUUCUGAAAUGACCAAAGUCUUUUUUUCAUCCCAAGAAGAACUGAUUCUUUAAGAAAAAGAGAAAAAAAGAAAACAAAUCUCGAUUCUCUCUCUGAUUCAAUUCACUGAAGCUUUCACUGUGAUAGCAUUUGUUCUGUCCAAAAUAAUCAACUCUGCUCAGAUGUGCAAAGGUCUUGACUGAUGUCAUUUUGGAGAAGUAGAUAUACCUUGAAUAAUCACAUGCAUGUAUUUUCUAUAAGGAAUAAGGUAUGGGCAUUGUUCUUCACUAUGUGUAAAUGGAUGAGCACUGACGUUCAGUGUAGGAGUUGAACAGGCAUGUAUCACGGCUGCAGCACACUCACAGCUGAUCCGAGGGUAAUUCACUGCACUUUGUUUUGCGUUUUCAUCAUGACUGUUAGCAGUUUAUCAAAGCUCUGUGUGAUCAAUACAUUUAUGUUUGUCUUGCUUUAAUGAUUUUUUUUCCCUAAUAGUUUUAGUUAAGUAAGAUUUAGAAUAUUAUGUAGAUUGUUGCUGCUGUAUGCUGCUAAAAGUGCAACUAUAUUAAGAAAUUGAUUUGGUAAAUAUAAUUUUCUGAGUUUAUUGGGAUUA